AUGAACGGCACAGAGGAACCAGAUUUUUACGUCCCUAUGUCCAAUGAUACUGGCAUUGUCAGGAGCCCCUAUGAAUACCCCCAGUACUACCUUGUCAGCCCGGCGGCGUACUCACUGAUUGCUGCCUGCAUGUUCUUCCUCAUCCUCACUGGCUUCCCCAUCAACUUCCUCACACUCUAUGUCACCAUCGAGCACAAAAAGCUGAGGACCGCCCUGAACUACAUCCUGCUCAACCUGGCUGUGGCCGAUCUCUUCAUGAUAAUCGGCGGCUUCACCACUACGAUGUACACCUCCAUCCAUGGCUACUUCGUCUUUGGAAGAAUGGGCUGUGGUCCCUGGUUGUCUUGGCUAUUGAGAGGUGGUUGGUCGUCUGCAAGCCUAUUAGCAACUUCCGCUUUGGGGAGACCCAUGCCAUCAUGGGUGUGGCCUUCACCUGGAUCAUGGCUUCUGCUUGCUCCAUGCCCCCUCUGUUCGGCUGGUCUCGCUAUAUCCCUGAGGGCAUGCAGUGCUCAUGUGGAAUCGACUACUACACACGCGCCCCCGGGAUCAACAACGAGUCCUUUGUCAUCUACAUGUUCAUCGCUCACUUUACGAUUCCCCUGUUCAUCAUCUCCUUCUGCUAUGGCAACCUGCUCUGCGCCGUCAAGGCAGCUGCCGCCGCCCAGCAGGAAUCUGAAACCACCCAGAGGGCUGACAGGGAAGUGACCCGCAUGGUUAUCAUGAUGGUUGUCUCCUAUCUAGUGUCUUGGGUGCCCUACGCCAGCGUCGCCUGGUGUAUUUUCUGCAACCAGGGAUCAGAGUUCGGCCCCGUCUUCAUGACUGUCCCGGCAUUCUUCGCAAAGAGCUCAGCCCUGUACAACCCCCUCAUCUAUGUGUUGAUGAACAAGCAGUUCCGCCACUGCAUCAUCACCACCCUAUGCUGUGGGAAGAACCCCUUCGAGGAGGAGGAGGGACCCUCUACAACUUUUCAUAUUUUCAAGCAUGGUGGUGGCUGCAUCAUGUUAUGGGUAUGCUUGUCAUCAGCAAGGACUAGGGAGUUUUUCAUGAUAAAAAGAAACGGAAUAGAGCUAAGCACAGGCAAAUUCCUAGAGGGAGACAAAUUCUCCUUUCAGCAGGACAAUAACCUAAAACACGAGGCCAAAUCUACACUGGAGAUGCUUACCAACACAACACUGAAUAUUCCUGAGUGGCUUAGUUACAGUUUUGACUUAAACUGGCUUGAAAAUCUAUGGCAAGAUCUGAAAAUGGCUGUCUAGCAAUGAUCAACAACCAACUUGACAGAGCUUGAAUAAUUAUUUAAAGAAUAAUGUGCAAAUAUUGUACAAUACAGGUGUGCAAAGCUCUUAGAGACUUUACCCAGAAAGACUCACAGCUAUAAUCGCUGCCAAAGGUGAUUCUAACAUGUAUUGACUCAGGGGGUUUAAUACUUAUGUAAUCAAUAUAUAUAUAUAUAUAUAUAUAUAUAUAUAUAUAUAUAUAUAUAUAUAUAUAUAUAUAUUAUUGUUUUAUUUUUCAUUCAUGUUUUGCAAAUUUUAGAAUAUAUUGUAUAUUUUGAGUCAAUGGAUACUAACAAACGUUUUCCAACCAGCACAAAGGCUUCUUGAAUGCAGUACAUGAAAUAGCAAAUGAUUCAACAAAUGUUGUGUACAGUCAAGUGUUAUCAUAGCUUUGGUAAAGAUUUUAAGAAGGGAACAGUAAUCUGAUGUCAAUCACAGGUCAUCUUGUACUGAGAAUGUAAUGCGACUGUAUGCUGCUUAUAAGGGAUUGACAAUGACAAUGACACGAAUAAGCAAGGCUAUGUAUGACUCAGUGGGGUACAGUACAUAGAUUAAGACGCAGACAUGACUAUAGCUGCUGAUCUACAGUAAUUACACACAAUGUUGUUGAGGUGAAAGACCUAAUCGGAUGAAGUGCAGUUCAUCUUAUCAAGAGAUCUUUGUGUUCCUGAGGUUAAAUGAAACACACAGGGGUUAUUUUACACACACAAACACACACGCACACACACACACACACACACACACACACACACACACACACACACACACACACACACACACACACACACACACACACACACACAGACACAAAUACUUUCGAUCACAAUAGAACAUUAAUAGCUGACAACUAGCUCUAACAGCGCUCACUGUUGCCCCUAGUGGCUGGUUUCCACGUCAUCUCCUGACAUCCUCAGACAUGGAUGGAUGUCGAAUACUGACUUGUAUCACAGGUGACCUGGCUGGACAGGUUGCCUAUUAAUGCCCCUGACUGGUACAGUAUAGUAUAAGGUAUAGCAUGCUUUAGUUUUUCUGUGUCUUACUGAUACUGAAUCAGUUUAAUCAGUGAUGAAAUAUGAGUUAUCCAUACCUUUUUCCCUCUGACUAGAAGCUGUGUCUGUCUGUGUGAUAAAUGAAAGCAACUCAGGGAGUGACAUGAGAUUCCUUCACCUCAGUGCUCAGUUGUGCAGAAAUAUCUGUCAGGCUGGAGCAAAACAAACCUCGAGAACGCUCUCAUAAUGACCUUCAUAGCGUAGCUAUAGCAACCGUCAUACCAUCGGAUCUCUAGUUGAAUACAGAUAUGCUCGCUCGCCAAGCAACCUGCUCCAAUCCAGCACCAGCAGAAAGAGGCUGAGGAAAACAACAACCAAUCAAUCACUGGCCACAGACCAGAUUAG